AUGUCAAUUAAAAAUGUGAGGAAGUGGUGCAGAGAAUUUUCAAAUGGGAGGACGAAUAUCCAUGAUGAAACCAGAAGUGGAAGGCCAUCUGUUUCAGACAAUCUCCAAGAACAAGUUGAGUCUGAACUUCGUGAAGAUCGACGAGUGACUGUUCGAGAACUUGAAGAAAAGUUGCAGAUACCCAAGUCCUCGAUUCACAGAAUCAUAAGUGAUUUGGGAUACCGAAAGUGUAGUGCAAGAUGGGUGCCAAAGAUGCUUACAGAGGAUCACAAACGCCAACGCAUCGAAAGUUCCCGCGAGGUUUUGGAGCUGUACGCUGAAGAAGGAGCUGUAUUUUUGGACUCAAUAGUGACAGGAGAUGAAACGUGGGUCUACCACUUCACGCCAGAGUCAAAACAACAGUCAAUGGAGUGGAGGCAUUCAUUUUCCCCCCAAAAAAGGAAAUUUAAAGUGACGCAAUCUGCCAGAAAAAUUAUGGUAACUGUCUUCUGGGACAGGAAAGGCGUCCUUCUCAUCGAAUUUAUGCCAACAGGGACCACCAUUAAUUCGGCAUCGUAUUGUGAAACGCUUGAAAAAUUGCGUAAAGCCAUAAAAACCGACGACCUGGAAUGCUAA